AUGAGCAACGCGAUUCCCUCACUCGUCGACUCGGAGGAGAGCAUGCUCUCCGAAGGGUCGACCGCUCCCACCACCCCGGACGGGAGUCUGUCCUUCAGCCCCGUCCUGCGGCCCAUGCGCAACCACAUGGACGGCCUCGUCGAGGACCUCGCGGGCCUGACCGGCAAGGUUGGCCUCGUCGGGAGCUCGCGCCUCGCGCUGCCCCAGGGCGCCGCGUCCAUCCCGCAAAGAGUCCGCAAUAUCUGCUGCGUCGGCGCGGGCUACGUCGGCGGCCCUACCGCGUCAGUCAUCGCCUUCCACAACCCCCACAUCAAGGUCUCGGUCGUCGACCGGGACGCUACGCGCAUCCGGCGCUGGAACUCGCCGCACCCGCCCAUCUACGAGCCCGGGCUGGGCCACAUCGUGCGCAUCGCCCGCGACGGCUCGCGGCAGAGCGCCUUCCUCAACGAGCCCAUCCGGUCGACGGCCUCGGACGCGCCGUCCUGCACGAGCUCCACUUCGUCCUCCGAGUGCGGCAGCUUCUGCGCCGAGCACGCGGGCGGCGUCGGCGGCGUCGGCGGCUGCGGCGGGCUGACCGCCAUCCCCGCCCGCCAGGCCAACCUGCACUUCACGACCGAGGUGGCUGAGCGCAUCGCCGAGGCCGACCUCGUCCUCAUCGCCGUCAACACGCCGACCAAGUACCGCGGCGCCGGCGCCGGCCGCGCCACCGACAUGACCUCCUUCGAGGCCGUGACCGCCGUGGUCGCGCAGCACGCGCGGCCGGGCGCCAUCAUCGUGGAGAAGUCCACCGUGCCCUGCCGGACCGCCCAGCUCGUCCAAGAAACUGUGAGUCUUUCAACCAACAAAAGGAAAAAACACAUUGACAAUGAUAUGAUCGAAGUCGUGACACUGACACUCCCCAAAAAGAUGGCCAUCCACCGCCCGGGCGUCCACUUCGAGAUCCUGUCGAACCCAGAGUUCCUCGCCGCUGGCACCGCGGUCAACGACCUGCUCUACCCGGACCGCGUGCUGAUCGGCUCCUCGGCCACGCCGUCGGGCCACCGCGCGGCCGAGGCGCUGGCCUUGGUCUACGCGGCGUGGGUGCCGCGCAAGCGCAUCGUGACCACCAACGCCUGGUCCUCGGAGCUGGCCAAGCUCGUCGCCAACUCGAUGCUGGCGCAGCGCGUCAGCAGCAUCAACAGCAUCGCCGCCAUCUGCGAGCGCACCGGUGCCGACGUGGGCGAGGUCUCGGCGGCCAUCGGCCGCGACCCGCGCAUCGGCGGCAGGUUCCUCCAGGCCGGCAUCGGCUUCGGCGGCAGCUGCUUCAAGAAGGACGUGCUGAGCCUGACCUACCUCGCCGAGUCGCUGGGGCUGCCCGAGGUCGCCGAGUACUGGGCGCAGGUGGUCAAGAUGAACGAGUACGCGCGCGACCGCUUCAGCCGGCGCGUGCUGCGGUGCCUGAACAACACGCUCGUGGGCAAGAAGCUGACGGUGCUGGGGUACGCCUUCAAGAAGAACACGAGCGACACGCGCGAGUCGCCGGCGCUCGAGAUCAUCAGGACGCUCGUCGAGGAGGGGCCCCGCGAGAUCGCCGUGUUCGACCCCUGCUGCAACCCCAUCGUCGUGCGGGAGGAGAUCGGGCGGGCGCUGCGCCGCGGCGGCGGCAGUGGCGACGACGACGACGCGGCGCUGGUCCGGGUCUACGACAGCCCUUACGAGGCCUGCGCCGACAGCGACGCCAUCCUGAUCGCGACCGAGUUCGACGAGUUCCGGACGGCGCAGCAGAAGCCGGCGGCCGUCGCCGCGGCCACCGCCGACGCCGCGGCACAUCAAGCCGAGGUCGACCCCCGGCCCUUCGAGCGGCUCGAGCCCACGGAGCUGGACCUGCUCCGGCUGCACAAGUUCCUCGAGCAGCCGGACCCUUCGCCUUCGCCUUCGACGGACGCGGACGCGCAGGACCCGCUGCGGCGGCUGGUGCCCGAGCCGGCCUGUGCGGCGGACUGCCCGGACUGCCGGGCCGAGCGGGGAGGGCAGGCGAGCUUGCACGAGGCGUACCGGGCCAGGGAGCGGCUGGACUGGGCGCGCAUCGCGUACCGCAUGCGCAAGCCGCGGUGGGUGUUUGACGGGCGCAACGUGGUCGACCCGGCGGUGCUGGGCCGGCUGGGCAUGCGGGUCGAGAGCGUGGGCCGGCAGGGGCUGAUGUCGUGA